GCGAAGUUCAUAGAAAGUUAAGGAUCCCAGCAGCCAGCAGUGCACUCUUUCUGUCAUGUUCCGAGAGGAGAUGUCUGUCGUUUCUCUCUUUUUGGCCAUAUCUCUGAUAUGCACGUCCCAUGGCUUUCCUAUCAGCUGGAACGUCACAAUAAACGACGAAUUGUCCAGCAAUGACACUGAAUUGGUGCAGGUCAAUAGCUCAGUGAAUGUGACCACCAGUUUGAACAAUAGCAGUUUGGGCAAUAGCACGCUGGCACCCCCUCCAAAGGAUACUAAGAACGACACCAAAAGUGUGAAGUACAACAAUGAAAAUCUGGAGGAGCCCAUCACCAAGGACGUAGUGAGAAGAGUGUGGUACAAACCUGACGGGGAGGAGCCAGAGCAGCCAGAAUGUCCGCCUCUUGGUCUGGAGUCCUUGAGAGUAAAAGACAACCAGAUGCAAGCCUCCUCUAGUGAGCGUUUUGGACUUGGAGCCCACCGAGGAAGACUUAACAUACAGUCAGGAAUUGAAGAUGGAGACAUUUAUGAUGGUGCUUGGUGUGCCAGGCACAAAGAUCAAUACCAGUGGCUACAGGUGGAUGCCAGAAGACCCACCAGGUUCACAGGAGUCAUUCUACAAGGAAGAAGCUCCAUCUGGAGCUGGGACUGGGUAACAUCCUACAAAAUUCAGUUCAGCAAUGAUACCUACAAAUGGACUACUAGCAUGAAUGGCACAGAAGAAGCAAUCUUUCGAGGUAAUGAAGAUCCAGAAACCCCUGUCCUUGGUAUAAUUCCGGAACCAAUGGUGGCUCGCUACAUCCGCAUCAAUCCCCAGAGCUGGUAUGAGAAUGGGACAGUCUGCCUGCGUGCUGAAAUCCUGGGAUGCCCGGUGCCAGAUCCAAACAACAUCUACAUGUGGGAAACAGACCAGGGAAGCAUAGAUAACCUGGACUUCAGACACCACAACUAUAGUGAAAUGAGAAAGCUGAUGAAGGCUGUACAUGAAGAAUGUCCCAAUAUUACUCGUAUUUACAGCAUUGGCAAAAGCUAUUUGGGACUUAAAAUGUAUGUCAUGGAGAUUUCUGACAAUCCUGGAAAACAUGAAUUAGGAGAGCCGGAGUUUCGGUAUGUAGCUGGAAUGCAUGGUAAUGAGGUUGUUGGCCGGGAGCUCCUGUUGAACCUAAUGCAGUACAUGUGCCGGGAAUACAAGAAUGGAAACCCCCGCAUCGUCAGGCUGGUGGAAGAAACACGAAUUCACCUCUUGCCAUCCAUGAACCCUGAUGGAUAUGAGCAGGCAUACAAAAAAGGAUCUGAACUCUCCGGUUGGGCACUUGGACGCUACAGUUAUGAAGGAAUUGACAUGAACCACAAUUUUGCUGAUCUGAAUUCUGUGAUGUGGGAUGCACAGGAGAGAGAAGGGGAUGAGAAAAAGGUUCCUAAUCACUACAUCCCCAUUCCUGAAUAUUAUACCUCUGAAGAUGCUCUGGUUGCAUUAGAGACACGAGCAGUGAUAAACUGGAUGCAAGAAAUCCCAUUUGUCCUUAGUGCCAACUUGCAUGGUGGGGAGUUAGUGGUCACCUACCCAUACGAUAUGACUAGGGACUGGGCUCCAAAAGAGCUGACACCCACACCAGAUGACAGCUUCUUCCGUUGGCUGGCAACAGUGUACGCAACAACAAAUCGAGUCAUGUUAGACCCCGAUCGCAGGCCCUGCCACAAUGAAGACUUCAUGAGAGAAAACAACAUAAUCAAUGGAGCCAACUGGCACACUGUACCAGGAAGUAUGAAUGAUUUCAGUUAUCUGCACACCAACUGCUUCGAGGUGACGGUUGAGCUGUCAUGUGACAAGUAUCCGCAUGAGAGUGAGUUACCAGUUGAGUGGGAGAAUAAUAAGGAAUCCUUACUUGUUUACAUGGAGCAGGUCCAUAGAGGUAUAAAGGGAGUGGUACAUGACAAGGAUACAGAUGAAGGAAUUCCCGAUGCCAUUAUAGCUGUUGAUGGUAUUAAUCAUGAUAUUAGAACAGCUAUUGAUGGAGAUUACUGGCGACUCUUAAAUCCUGGAGAAUAUGAGAUCACUGUUAAAGCAGAAGGAUACUUUCCAUCAUCUAAGAUGUGCCGAGUUGACUAUGACCCUCAUGCCACCAUUUGCAACUUCAUUCUCACUAAGAGACCCAAGCAGAGGCUGCGCGAGAUUUUGGCAAAGGGAGGCAAAAUUCCCAAGGACUUGAUGCUGAGGCUGCGUCAGCUCCGCAUGCGCAAAUUACGUGCCAGCACCAAAGCCUACAACCGUAGCCGCAGGCAAUAGACCAACCAAGAUGAGACAGUAGAUCUGUAACACUAUAAUACAGCCUGGGUAUAGUGGUUAUGAGAAGGGGGUUUAUAAUCUGAUAAUUAAAAUCUACCUACUUGAUUAUAGACUGAAAUCCCAAAAACCAAAAUAAGUUCCAAAGUUAAAUGUCAAGUUGAGAUAUGUAAAAUUCUGAUCAAAUCAUUUUAUGAACAGACUUAAAAAUGAAGUAUACUUUCCACUCAAAUUAAGCUAAAAUUCCUCAACUGUUUCACUCUUAAUUCGUUUUUGGUUUAUGUAGCAUCUUUCAAAGGCUAGAUCUCUAAUCAGAAUUUCUUCCUGCUUUGCACCCAGUGCUGCUGUGAUAGGAAAGACCUGGUCUAAGAGGGUUCAUUAAAAAAUGAAUAGGUGGCUUUUUCGUAAUCAGCACUGACACAGCGCUUUUUAAAGUCUACGUCCCAGCAUGAAUCUAUAACAACAAAAAAUGGCAAACUGCAGACUGAGCCAAAAGUAAAGAUGAGAUUUAUUUGCUUAGCAGACAUUUUUGUCCAAAGUGACUUACAAUGGAGGUCAACAUAAUCAAGUAAUUAUCAGUCUGGGGAGUGUUUGGGAAAUAAGCGUUACAGGACAAGGGUGCCAGGUGAUGAGUUGGGCUGUAAAGAACACCAGUGUAUGUGGCAGUCUGCUUUUUAAAUGUGAGUGUAACAAUUUACAGAAAUGCUAAACAUACAGUGUGUUAAAACAGAGAAUACACCAAUCAUUAGACUCUUUGACUUUCUCCCCAGCUCACAGCAGUAGAUAAAGGUUACUUUACUUUCAACAGAAAAAUUCUACCAUGCCAUUUAAAAAACUAUAACAUUUUAAUUCCUUUGUCUGUUAAAGUGAAAGUGAUGUGGAAAUAAUGUAAAUUACUGACUUUCUAUAAGAAAGAUGUAAUAUAUACAUCUUGCCUGAGGAAGGGGCCUGAGGUGCCUCUAAAGCUUGUAUAUUUUAAUCUUUUUAGUUAGACAAUAAAAUGUGUUAUUUUGGUUGACUUCUCCCUUAAAUUAAGACAAAGGUAGGAAACAGAUAAGUAGUUUCUUAAUUUGUCAGCAUGGAAAAAGCUUAAUCUGUUAUAUUCACACAAAAUGUAAUAUUCUGUCUAUACUAUAGAUCCAUCAAUUUUCUGUGCAAUCCUGUUUCCUGAUCUGGAUGUCUGGAAUUUUAUUCAGGCAGCCCAGCCACAGUCUUAAUUCAGAAGCAGACUAGAUUUAUUUUAUAUACCUAAUUUAACUUUGGCAUAAUUUAAUGCAAAGUUUAAAUAUAUAAUAUACAUAUAUCUGCGGUGGGUUGGCACC